UUCCUCACACAGUAAACGCUGGAUUCUGUGCACUGGAAUAAGGGACAUUUUCACUGUGGGAGGGGUGACAAUGUUAUUUAACUAGUAGGAGUUUCUAUUUACUGUCAGUCAGAGGGUAGACGCCAUGAUUGCUGGAACACCUUGUAACUAAUCAGGAAAAGCUUCUGAAUACCCAGACAUGUUAACCUCUGCAUCCCUGCGCUGCUGGCAGUCUCUGGGCAGGAGAAGGGGCUUCUUGCUGCUGCAGACAUGCAGGGUGACUGGGACCCAGAGCAGGACCAUAACAGGGGCUGCAGCGGGGGUAGCAGAAGGGGAAAAGAAAUUGAAGACAUUUGAUGAUCUGCCUGGACCGUCACUUCUUAACAACAUCUACUGGGUCUUCCUGAGAGGAUACCUGCUGUAUUCACACGACUUACAGAUGAUUUUCAAGAAGAAAUAUGGCCCUGUGUGGAAAACGUCAAUAGGCCCAUACAAAAUGGUGAAUGUUGCUGACGUGGAUUUAGUGGAAACCAUCCUGAGACAGGAGGGAAAAUAUCCAAUGAGAAAUGAUAUGGAUCUUUGGAAAAUGCAUCGACAUAUGAGGGAUCUGGCCUAUGGUCCAUUUACAGAGGAAGGCCAACGUUGGCACAGGCUGCGGACUGUGCUGAAUAAGAGAAUGCUGCUGCCCCAGGAAGCGGUGUUGUACGCGGGAUCAGUUAAUGAAGUGGUUACAGACUUUCUGCUCAGACUGGAUGAGAUGAGAAAAGAAUCUCCUUCAGGAGUUAUGGUCAAUGACCUACCAAACGCCCUCUACAGAUUCGCCUUUGAAGGUAUUUCUUACAUUCUGUUUGAGACUCGGAUCGGUUGCUUGAAGAAUCAGAUACCUGCAGAGACUCAGAACUUCAUAAAUUCCAUCGCUGACAUGAUGAAGUACAAUAUAAUUAUAGUUCUCCUUCCACGCUGGAGCAAAGAUAUAUUGCCAUUCUUUAAAUACUACAUAGAAAGCUGGGACAAUAUCUUUAACUUUGCAAAAAAGUUGAUUGACCAGAAGAUGCAGACCAUACAGGAUCGUUUGGACCGUGGUGAAGAAGUAAAGGGUGAAUACUUAACGUAUUUACUAUCCAGUGGGGAGCUAACGCCUAAGGAAGUGUAUGGCAGUGUGGCUGAACUGCUAUUGGCUGGAGUGGACACUACUUCCAACACACUGUCCUGGGCUCUGUACCAUCUGUCACAAAACCCGGGGAUACAGGACGAGCUUUAUAAAGAGGUUACAGGGAUUGUCUCUGGAGAAACUAUACCCACUGUAGAGGACAUCUCGAAAAUGCCACUGCUGAGGGCUGUAAUUAAAGAAACAUUGAGGAUGUACCCCGUUGUGCCAACCAAUACCAGAAUUGCCGUUGAGAACGAUAUAACCCUGGGGGAUUUCUACUUCCCAAAAGGAACCCUCUUUGCCCUGUCUCACUAUCUCAUAGCUCGAGAGGAGGCCAACUUUCCUGACCCCGACAAAUUCAUUCCACAACGAUGGUUUCGGGACGAACGAGUCAAGAAUAACCCUUUCAGUUCAAUCCCUUUUGGCUAUGGCAUUCGAGCCUGCGUGGGACGGCGGAUAGCAGAGCUGGAAAUGCAUUUGGCGUUAUCUCGGAUUAUGCAGAAGUAUGAGGUGAAACCCGACCCCAAGGGUGGAAACAUUAGAGCCAUGGCCAGGCUAGUCUUGGCUCCAAAUAAACCCAUAAACCUGCAGUUUCUGAAGAGGAUGCCACUGUCUCCAUCAUGAUGAUGACCACCUUUCUGGUCAAUAUUUAAACAACAUUUCUUAAAAAUUUUUGUAUACAAUCAAGCACAGAAACACCUCUGUUAAAGGAAUAC